UACAGAAAUGUUGGAAUCCAAUAAUAUAAUCAAUUUCAAUGGACUAGCUAAUAGCUCCAGUUACCACACCUUCCUCUUGGAUGAAGAACGCAGCCGGCUGUACAUUGGAGCAAAGGAUCACAUAUUUUCUUUCAACCUGGUUAACAUCAAGGAAUAUCAAAAGAUUGUUUGGCCUGUAUCUCAUUCCCGUAGGGAUGAGUGCAAGUGGGCUGGAAAAGAUAUUCUGAGAGAAUGUGCAAAUUUCAUCAAGGUGCUUAAGGCUUACAACCAAACCCACUUGUAUGCCUGCGGAACAGGGGCUUUUCAUCCAGUCUGCACCUAUAUUGAAGUUGGAAGCCAUCCUGAGGACAACAUUUUUAGAAUGGACGAGUCACAUUUUGAAAAUGGCAGAGGAAAAAGUCCUUAUGAUCCUAAACUGCUGACAGCUUCUCUUUUAGUAGACGGAGAGCUGUACUCUGGCACAGCGGCAGACUUCAUGGGCAGGGACUUUGCCAUUUUCCGAACGCUGGGGCAUCAUCAUCCAAUCAGAACAGAGCAGCAUGACUCCCGGUGGCUAAAUGAUCCUAGAUUUAUUAGUGCUCACCUGAUACCAGAGAGCGACAAUCCAGAAGAUGACAAAAUCUAUUUCUUCUUUCGUGAAAGUGCAAUUGAUGGAGAGCACACUGGAAAAGCCACUCACGCCAGAAUAGGGCAGAUCUGCAAGAAUGACUUUGGUGGACACAGGAGCCUUGUUAACAAAUGGACAACUUUCCUCAAAGCACGUCUGAUUUGUUCUGUGCCAGGACCCAAUGGCAUUGACACACACUUUGAUGAACUACAGGAUGUGUUCCUAAUGAACUCAAAAGAUCCAAAAAAUCCAAUAGUCUAUGGAGUGUUUACAACUUCCAGUAAUAUCUUCAAGGGGUCAGCAGUGUGUAUGUACAGUAUGACUGAUGUGAGGAGGGUAUUUCUUGGUCCCUAUGCCCACCGAGAUGGCCCAAACUACCAGUGGGUUCCUUACCAAGGGCGAGUGCCAUAUCCGCGGCCAGGAACCUGUCCCAGUAAAACAUUUGGAGGCUUCGAUUCCACCAAGGACCUUCCUGAUGAAGUUAUAACUUUUGCAAGAAGUCAUCCAGCCAUGUACAACCCAGUAUUCCCCAUCAACAAUCGUCCAAUCAUUAUCAAAACGGACGUAGAUUACCAGUUCACACAGAUAGUAGUAGAUCGAGUAGAUGCAGAAGACGGCCAAUAUGAUGUGAUGUUCAUUGGCACAGAUAUUGGAACUGUUCUUAAAGUGGUUUCAAUUCCUAAGGAGACUUGGCAUGAGUUAGAGGAAGUCUUGCUGGAAGAAAUGACAGUCUUUCGGGAACCCACUGUUAUUUCAGCAAUGAAGAUUUCCACAAAACAGCAACAGCUCUACAUUGGCUCAGCCACUGGAGUUUCACAGCUUCCUUUACACCGCUGUGAUGUGUAUGGAAAGGCAUGUGCUGAGUGUUGCCUUGCGAGAGACCCUUAUUGUGCCUGGGAUGGUUCAUCUUGCUCACGUUACUUCCCCGCUGCUAAGAGACGUACUAGACGACAAGACAUCCGAAAUGGAGACCCGCUUACCCACUGCUCAGACCUGCAGCAUCAUGAUAACCCAAGUGGUCAGACUCUGGAGGAAAAGAUUAUCUAUGGAGUAGAGAACAGCAGCACUUUUCUUGAGUGCAGUCCAAAAUCUCAGCGUGCUGUAGUCUACUGGCAAUUCCAGAAGCAAAAUGAUGACCGCAAAGAAGAGAUAAAAGUGGAUGAUCGAAUGAUCCGGACAGAACAGGGCCUGUUGCUAAGAAGCCUUCAACGGAGAGACUCUGGUAUUUAUUUUUGUCAUGCUGUGGAGCAUGGCUUCAUGCAAACUUUGCUCAAAGUGACCCUGGAAGUAAUUGAUACUGACCAUCUGGAAGAGCUUCUCCAUAAGGAAGAAGAUGGCAAUGCCUCCAAGACCAAGGACGCUACCAACAGCAUGACCCCCAGUCAAAAGAUCUGGUAUAGAGACUUCAUGCAGUUAAUCAAUCACCCCAAUCUCAACACAAUGGAUGAGUUCUGUGAGCAGGUUUGGAAAAGAGACCGCAAACAACGCCGGCAAAGGCCUGCCAAUGCGCAGGUGAAUACAAAUAAGUGGAAGCACCUACAAGAGAAUAAAAAAGGUAGAAACAGGAGGACCCAUGAAUUUGAGAGGGCACCACGGAGUGUCUGAGCUACUUUACCUCUAGGAACCUCAUCCAUGUAGAAACUUGUAUAGACAGAUAACUGGAAAAAAAUGCAAUAUUCAUGAACUUGUUCAUGGCAUUAUGUGGAUGUUUACAAGAGUGGAAAGUUCAAACAGUUUCCACCAGGUUUAAAUAAAAUCCAUUUCUAACUUUCCUAGUAAGUCCUUCUUUGCUCUGAUUCUAAGACCAGAAAAGACCAGAGUUUCAAGGAUGAUAACUCACCCGGACCUAGCUUACUGCUCAAAAAGUUCUGCAAGUGUUCAGUGGGCAAGUUUUGCUUUCUCUUUUGCCUGAGAUAUGAACAAAAUGCUGUAUUUCAUGCUGUCAUUUUCAAGAGAAGAAAAACAAACCCCACCUUUCAUCAUCAGCACUACCAUUUCUAGACUUAUAUAUGAAACUGCAUGAACUCAUUAAGCUGAUGAACGUCUAGACACGUGAUUGGACACAAGGAUUUUGUUCUUGUUUUGUCUACCAGUUCUCCUGUUUAUAUGGACUAGAAGAGGAAAAAUGAUACUGAAUAAUAUUGUGGAAAUCUGAACAACAAAAGCCAUCCAUCAUCUGGAAGAACAAAAAAAUAUGGAGUACACUGGCCUACUACUGAUGACUUCUUUCAGCUUUGAUCUAAAGAUGUAUUUUAUUAAAACUAUAAUUUAAAUGUACCAUGAAGAAUAUGCAGUAAACAUUAGCUCUUUUCUAAAAUAGAUUAGACUUCUUGUCUUAGAAACAUUGUACUUUCUAAUUAUUGAUUUAGAGGAAAGAAAAAGACAACUUCCAAUUAUGAACUGCUUUAGUCUGUUGUUUGGAAAAUCUUCCAAGGGAGCUAGUCACACUGCAGUUAACCUCCUCCCUCUCAGUAAUCUAUAUGACAUAUAACUUCAAAACAACUUUAAAACUAAGCCAUUUUAACAUGAAAGUUGCUGUAUCGAAUGGAAGUCUUCUGCAUUUUUUUUUCCAAUUAUGGUAUUUGAAAUGAUUCAACUUGUAUAAUACUUUGCUACAGAUUCAACCAAUGAAAAGGAGAGCAUUGAUUUUCUGUUGUAUAUUUUUUUUAACUAAAAAAGUAAAUAGCAUUAAAAUACCCUUUACUAAUUA